AUGAAUGGAGAUGGAGAUGGAUAUGGAGAUGGAGAUUGGAAGAAGGUGGUGGUUUCUGAUCCGAUACUGAAUUCAAUGUGUAUAAAGCCAUUACACUUAAUGAGGGAUGGAAAUUGCCUCAUACAUUCCAUUUCUGAAGGUUUGGUCUACAAAAUAGAUUUGGCCACAAAUACCAAAAACUUAUCAUGCUCAAUUACUGAUCCUGAUGGUGGCAUGAAUACAUGUCCAACUGGGAAAUACAUUGAGACUUUGGUGUCACCCUAUCGAUAUCUUUAG